AUGCUCCGGCAGUCUCUGAGCAUCCUGAAGCAGCUCGGCUCUGGGACAAGGUCACAAGAUGCUACCGACCUUCUACACGAAGACCUGGUCAUGGUGGAGCAGAGGGUGGAACCAGCCAGGAGGGCGGCCCAGAUCCUCCACAAAAAGCUGCAGGGCUGCAUGCAGAGUCAACCAGGGCUGGAGGCCGAAAAACGAAUGAAAAAGCUUCCUCUGAUGCUUCUGUCUGUCAGCAUGGCAGAAAGUUUCAAAGACUUCGAUGCAGAGUCCUCAAUCAGGAAGGUGCUGGAGAUGUGCUGUUUCAUGGAGAACAUGCUGGCCAGAAUGUUGGCAGACUUUGAGAUGAAAAUGGAAAAGGAGGUCCUGGAGCCACUAAACAAGCUUAGUGAGGAGGAUUUACCAGAAAUCCUAAGGAACAAAAAGCAGUUUGCAAAGCUCACAAUGGACUGGAACAAUGCAAGAAUCAGGAGUCAGGCUAGCACUGGUCCCCAGGCAAAGCAGGAGGGGCUUAGGGAGGAAAUGGAAGAAGCUUGGAGGAAGUUGGAGAGCAUCAAGGACCAGUACUCUGCAGACCUGUAUCACUUUGCAACUAAGGAGGAUGACUACGCAAAUUACUUCAUUCGUCUUCUCGAGCUGCAAGCAGAGUACUACAAAAACUCUUACGAGUUCCUGGACAGAAACAUCAACGAACUCAAAGAGAAUCACAGUCAAAAAGAACCAUCACUAAGCUUCUCCAACCAGAAGGUCUAUGGGGAGCCUCUGCUCGCACAUCUGUCUCAGAGCAGCAGAGAAAUCGCUGCACCGAUCCAGGAGUGUAUUCACAUGCUGCUGAGAACAGGCAUGAGAGAGGAGGGUCUGUUUCGCUUGGCCGCAGCAGCCUCAGUGGUGAAGAGGCUGAAGACCUGUCUGGAUCAGGGGACGGUGGACCACAGCGAGUUCAGCAUGGACCCUCACGCUGUGGCAGGAGCAUUGAAGUGUUAUCUUCGAGAACUUCCCGAACCUCUAAUGACCUUUGACCUCUACAAUGACUGGUUUAAAGCAGCAGGGGAAAAAGAGCUGCCAGAGAAGCUGGAGCAGUUCAAGAUACUACUGAAGAAGCUGCCACCUGAAAACUACAACAACCUCAGGUACCUGAUCCAGUUCUCAUCUCUGUUGUCUGAGCAGCAGGCUUUAAACAAGAUGACACCGAGUAACAUUGCCAUCGUCCUGGGACCAAAUCUGCUCUGGCCACGAGCUGAGGGUGAAACUGCUCUCUUCGACAUGGCAGCAGCUUCCUCAGUCCAGGUGGUGACGGUCAUUGAGCCUCUUAUUCAGUACAGCUCUGAUCUCUUCCCUGAAGCUGUAUCAUUCGAGAUCCCAGAACUACCCGAGAUGGAUGUGUCUCUGCCUUCUCCCGUUGUCUCGGAGAAGGGGAAACUGAGCAGAACUGCUUCCUCCGCUUCCUCCACAGCCUCCUCCAGUUCCGCAUAUCACUUCCCUCUUUCCAAGACAAACAGCACGGCCUCUCAGGACAGUGGCAUCUCCUUCCUGGUGAAAUCCGGCUCCGUGAGCAGCCGCAGCAGCACCUCCACGUGGGCCGGUCCCGAAGCAGAGACAGCAGCACCAACACAUCAAAACACGGCACCCAGCACCUCAUCCUUGACCGAUCCCGGCCCCUUUCUGCCCUCUAACUCUACAGCUGCUUGCAGCUCGACAGCAAACCAGAACCCAACACCAGUUCCUAGGCCACCGGGAUCUACACCAAACCCAGGCCAGACACAGAGUCCCACCCAGAGGCAGAUCUCAGAUCAGAACCAGCUCGAGCCAAUUUUGGAAGCACCACCAGAUUCUCCCAGAGCAUUUGUGAAGAUUGCAUCACCUUUUAAACCAAGGAGAACUUUCACCCCAGGCAAAUCUAACCAACCAAACGAGCAGGUCACGGUUCAGUACUCCAAACCAAAGCCCCCGCCACCUCCCAAGGCGCAGUCCACUUCCCCCCCAGCCACACCUGCGACGGUUGCAGACACCAGGCCCCAUCCGACACCUGCACCCAGAGCGUCGCAGGCCAGCGAGAAAAAGCCUCCUGUGAAAAAACCUGGACUCAGAGCUCCAAACUGCCCUCCACCUCGUCCUCCACCAUCACAGGCGAAAGAGGUUCCUUCUAUAGCACAGUGAGAAAAACAUGCAAACUUCUAUUGCUGAGCUGCUUGCAGCUGAAACACUUUUGUAUUUUGUCUAAAGAAACAUCCUGGGUACGCUUAUGUUGUCAGUGUGUGCUGUUUGGUAUGUGGAUUUUAAGUAUAGCAGCUUUAAUCUUUUUUUUUUUCACAACAAGCAUCUUUUAUUUAUUCUGAUGUCCGUUGUUUUUCAUGGUUUCAUGGUCAGAGAAAAAAAAAAAAACAGACCUGCAAUAAAUGAAUCCGCAUAGAAAAAAUACAUUUCCUGUGUUUUAGGGUGGAAUUUUCCAUUAAUGUACAAAACAACUGUACUUGUGUAAGCCACUUCAACGUGGGAAAACUUAUUUUAAGGGUGACACUGGUUUUGGCAUUUCACUUAUUAAAUGAUACCCUACCCAGAAUCUGAUGAUGGCUUUGCUCUCUUUGCUCAAACUUUUUACAGCGGUCUUUUGGGUUUCUGUUUGAGGAGUUUGGCUGGAAUAUUCCUUUAAACCCAAUUGAAAAUGAAUGCACACCUCAUUAAAAACAUCU